AUGAACCGCCUGUCUUUUGACGAUCCUUCGUUGGAUCUGGAUCCAACACUGUCUCUUAACGACCCAAGUGAAAUUGACACGGCCCUCUUAAGCGACAUCGAUGACAUGCUUCAGCUCAUCAACAAUCAGGACAUGGAGUUUGGAGGACUCUUUGACUCCACUCCCUUCUCAGGGAGCCCUUCCACCCAAGAGAUGAAUGCCUUGUCCCAGACCAUUCCCUCUGUUUCUCCUCCUGCCACCACUCCCACACCUUCAUCCACCACCACUUCCUCCAUCCUGAGCAGCAACCCCCACUUAGACGCCCUGUUGGGCCCGCCCAUCAGCCGCAGCUCCUCGGCCCCGGACAAGGCCUUCCAGCCCGCCACCUUCCAGCAGUCUCCCCUGGCUCAGGUGGCCAGCACCCCACAGAGGCAGCAGCAACCGUCGUCGAGCCAGCAGGCUCAGAGCCUCAGACAGCCCCUGGUGGAGCAGCCCCAGCCGAGCGUCAGCCCGCCUGCCGCCGCGCAGGCAGCAGCGUCGUCCCCUCACGGCUCUCCAGGUCCAAAUCCGGCGUUCAGCUCCCCGACACAGACACUCUUCACAUCCCCUGCGCCUCAGACUGCGACUGCGCCUCAGCCCCAGGCACAACCUCAGGCCCAGAGCAACUUUCAGAGCCAAAGUAGCUUUACGGCCGUCAGCCCCAGCAGCGUGAGCCCUCCUGCCACCAGCUUGUCGUCCUCGCCUCCAAGCGUCCAGUCAGUGACCUUUCAGACCCAGAUUCAAGGCCUGACCACUGCCUCCCCGCUCCUGGCCACCUCAGCUAGCCCUCCAGCACAGACUAUCACAACCCAAGUACAACAAGUGCCUGUGCUGCUGCAGCCCCAGUUCAUAAAGGCCGAGUCCGUGCUGCUCACCACUUUAAAGCCUGACCCGUGUAUGGUCACAACCAUGGCCUCUCCUACGUCCCUAGCGACCACCACCAGCGCGGUUCAGAGUGCUUCCCUGCAGGCUUUUAUGGGUGGGGGUACCAUCCUGACCACCGUGCCUGUGAUGGUGGACGCGGAAAAGCUUCCCAUCAACCGCAUCGCCAUCGCCGGCAAGCCGUCAGGCCUGCCGCACAAGGGGGAGAAGCGCACGGCUCACAACGCCAUCGAGAAGCGCUAUCGCUCCUCCAUCAACGAUAAAAUAGUGGAGCUGAAAGACAUUGUCGCUGGCACUGAAGCCAAGCUCAACAAGUCGGCUGUCCUCAGGAAAGCCAUCGACUACAUCCGCUACCUGCAGCAGACGAACCAGAAGCUCAAACAGGAGAACAUGGCUCUGAAAAUGGCAGCUCAGAAGAACAAGUCUCUCAAAGACCUGGUUGCCAUGGAAGUGGACACUCAGGCAGAAGUGAAGAACGAGCUGCCCACUCCGCCAGCCUCCGACGUCGGCUCCCCGACCUCGUUCUCUCACUGCAGCAGCGACUCAGAGCCCGACAGUCCCAUGGGAGAGGACACAAAGUCCCAUUUAGGCUUGCUGGACCAAUCUGCAGCAGGUGGCGUGGUCGGAGGCAUGCUGGACCGCUCCCGCAUGGCGUUGUGCGCCUUUACCUUCCUCUUCCUCUCCCUCAACCCGCUGGCUGCUUUGCUCUGCUCGUCCGGCAGCAGCUCUGCAGGAAACGCUGCCGACAUUACCCCCCAUCACGCAGGGAGAAGCGUCUUGGGUGUAGAUAUUCCAGCUGAGUCUUGGGGCUGGAUGGAUUGGAUGCUCCCCACCAUAUUGGUGUGGCUGCUGAACGGUAUUCUGGUGUCGGGAGUUCUGAUCCGAUUGUUGGUUUAUGGCGAGCCCGUGACCCGUCCGCAUUCGGGAUCGUCCGUGCUGUUCUGGAGACACCGCAAACAGGCCGACCUGGACCUGGCCAGAGGGGAUUUUGCUCAGGCCAGUCAUAACCUGCGAACCUGUCUGAAGGCGCUGGGUCGCCCCCUGCCCACCUCCCAGUUGGACCUGGCCUGCGCGGUGCUCUGGUCCCUGCUGAGGUUCUGCCUGCAGCGCCUCUGGGUUGGCCGCUGGCUCGCUGCAAGGGCUGGAGGUCUGCGCAGCGAUCGCCCCCUGCAGGAGGACGCGUGUAAAAGCAGCCGUGAUGCCGCCUUGGUUUAUCACCGCCUGCACCAGCUUCACAUGACGGGGAAGCUGAAUGGCAGCCACCUGUCGGCAGUCCACAUGGCUUUAAGUGCGGUGAACCUGGCAGAAUGUUCUGGCUCAUGCCUGCCUGUAGCCAGCCUGGCUGAGGUCUACGUCUCUGCAGCACUACGAGUCAAAGCCAGCCUGCCAAGGAUCCUCCAUUUUACCUCUCGUGUGUUCCUGAGCAGCGCCCGCCAGGCGUGCCUGUCGUCCAGCGGCUGCGUGCCUCCGGCCAUGCAGUGGCUCUGCCACCCGCUCGGCCACCGCUUCUUCGUGGACGGGGACUGGGCCAUUCGCAGCACGCCUAAAGAAAGCAUCUACAGCCAGGCCGGAAACACUGUGGACCCUCUGGCCCAGGUGACUCAGGCUUUCAGAGAGCACCUCCUCGAAAAGGCUCUUUACUGCGUCGCCCAGCCGCACGGAGAGAAGAGUCCCAACCAGGCUGACGGGGAGUACGCCGACGCCUUGGAGUACCUCCAGCUGUUGAUCAGUGCGUCUGACGCCGCCGGUGCAACGUCCCAGUCCUUUGCAAUCGGCUCCAAUAUGGCCACUGUGACCGGCUGCGACCCCCACUCUAAAUGGUGGUCCUCGGUUGCCAUAGUGAUCAUCAAUUGGCUUCAAGGAGAUGAUGCUGCAGCAGAGAGGCUCUAUCCGACCGUGGAGCACCUGCCUCGCAGCCUGCAGAACGCAGAGAGUCUUCUGCCCAAAGCGUGCCUCAACACAUUCAGGGCAGUCAGAGCUCUGCUGUCCAAGCCAGAAAACUGCCAGCUGAGUCUGAGCCACACUGACAAGGCCAGCGCCCUGCUCCGAGACAGCCUCAACCUGGGACCGCACUGCCACAGCUCCAGCUUGGACAAGGUCGUCGAGUUAAUGGUGUGCGACCUCCUGCURGUUUUGAGGACCAACAUCUGGCGCUUGCAGCAGCAGGGGACGAGUCCSACAGGUUCCGGCUUGGYCGGCCCCAGCGGUCCUGCCGGCCUUCAUCAGGCGUCGCCACCAGAACUUCAGGGCUUCCAGCAGGACCUCUGCUCCCUGCGCAAGCUAGCACACAGUUUCAGACCCGCAAUGCGAAGAUUGUUCCUUCACGAAGCUACUGCCAGACUGAUGGCCGGGGCCAGUCCCACCAGAACCCAUCAGCUGCUGGACCGCUCACUGCGGCGCCGAGCAACACCCGGAGCCAAGACAGAGGAGUGCGAGGCGCGGCCCGGCCAGCGGGAGCAGGCAGAGGCCGUGAUGCUGGCCUGCCGCUACCUUCCUCCCUCGUUCCUGUCGGCGCCGGGCCAGAGGGUGGGCAUGCUGGCCGACGCGGCCCGCACCCUGGAGAAGCUCGGUGACAAGCGGACGCUCCAUGACUGCCAGCAGAUGAUCAUAAAGCUGGGCAGCGGCACCACCGUCACCAGCAGCUAGAGCGAGGGAGAGGUUGGGGCGAGGGAGGCUUGCACGGACGCCGUGUGUACCGAAACAACUCCUGUGUACAAACGCACGCAGGAACAGGUGGAGGAAAAGACCCCCUAGAAACCUUCCAGUGUCUUUUGAAAUUCACAGGUUGCUCCUUCUGCCUACCCGGUCUCGCAUCUUAAGGCACUUUUAGAGUUCACGCACUCUAUUUCUUUUUAAAUUAUGAAGUAAUGUGAAAAAAAAAAAAAAAACAAGAAAAAAACACAAAGCAUCUUUUUUCUUAUCAGGCUGAGCUCCCUUGUGAGAAUUGAUUGCAGUGUCCCACUCUGACCACCAUGAGGAGCCACCACUGGAGAUGUUUGCCGUGUAGCUCCUCCCUCUCUCCUCCCUCAUCUGGCAGAUCAGCACCUUUUUUUCCCCCAAAUCAGACAGCCCGGCUUGUGGGGGGUCUUGGUGUCUCUUUGAUUAUGGGGGGGGGGAAAAAAUUAUUAAAUAAAAAGUAACCAAACUCAAUGGUUUGAUCGUGGACAUGCGUGCUGAAAAGCCACCCCCCCCACAUACUGUAAAGGUUUGAGGUCAUCAUCUGGCUCAACCCCCCUCAAUCUCCUGUCUGCACUAGGCCUGUGAAGCUGCUCUUAAUGGAAAACAACAAUAACAAUAAGGCUUUAUGAAAUUAUUUUCAUAGAUAUUGUGUAUUUGUUUUUUUGCUGUGUACAUAUUUUACACCAUAUUUAUAAUCUGGAGGAACUUUGAUUAGGCGUUUUUUGUUUGUUUGUUUGUUUUUGUUUUCAUACGCAGAGUGAUAAUUGCUUAUUUCCUCCUCCUGAAUCCAUCUCGACUAUUCUUAGACCAGGUUUAGUCGGGUCAGGACUGUACCGCAUAGAUCUGAGCUGGUUGACUCUUUAGGUCUUGGACAUUUGUAAACAUAUGAAAUCAAAAACAGUUUUUUAUGACAUGACUUUGACAUUUCUGAAGAUCAUUUGUUGCCCUAAAAAAAACAAAAGAAAUAUUAAACCCCUCCUCCACAUUUGUAACACUAUCAUACAAGAAAAUAUCUUUUUCUCAUAUUUUAGGUGGACCAGAUCAUUUUCUGAUGAUUUUUUAUUUUUAAAGAUUGUAAAAAGUUUCAACAAAAUGUUGGCCAUUUAACAGUAUGUUUUUAUUUUAUUUUAUAGUUGGUCAUGUGAAAUCUGAAAACUGAGGAGAAAGCUUGUGUAGCAACCUUGUUGGAAGGUAUUGUCUUGUAACUGACAUUUGUUUUCUUUCCUCCUUCCUCUCAUUUCAUCCUUACAUGUAAAUAUUAAAUAAUUUUUUUAAAGAAAA